UAUCAAUAUAAGCGCUGCGCGUUCGUGACGAUAACUCAGAAACGUGUAGGUCGACGUAACUGGAGUGUCAAUAAGCGCCACAGAAUGCGAUUGUUAUGCCUGUCAUUAGCACUUGCUAUAAUCUGCACUAUAGCAAUCGUGCGAGCUCCUAUAGUGGAAGCGAGAGCAGCUAAGUCUGACGAGAAGACUCCUCCUGAGAAGCCUCCUCCUGAGGCAUCAUCCUCUGCUUCUUCAUCCUCCGAGGAAGAUAUGUCUAUACCUGCAAAACCUGUCACUCCUGAGGAAGCGAUCGAAGCGUAUGCUUUGUCCAUACCAACUAUUCUCGGCGGGCUGUCAUGGACAGAAAAAGCAUUCCAAACGAUGUACAAUAAUUCUAUGCAUAUAGCAAGUAAAAUUAAAGAUUAUCCAGAGGUGGCAGCAAUGGUGAAGGCGUACUACACGAAGUCAACAACUUGGUAAUUGAAGAAUUUACAGGAGACAUACAAUGACAUAUACAUUUCCAAAAGUUUAAAUUAUAAAACAUUAAAAUAUGUAUAUAUGUAAACGAUUAAUUUUCAAUUACACAAUAGAAAAUAAAUGACAUGUCUAUAAACAUACAUUUUCUGGUCAAACUGUGCGAAUAUUUAAAAUUAUAAUCAAUGAUUAAUAAUAAAUGGAUCCUGUAGCGACACAAACUUAUCAUUUUUAUAAUCACGUAAAAUGCGCGACUCUAUGCAUUUCUAAGUCAUUUUCAUAGUAAUCAUGUAUGAAAAACCUAGUAAGUAAAAUUUAUUUAAAAAUA